UGUUUAACAGUAGUCUGCUGCUUUUACCACGUGUGUGACAGGUUUUACGUCGCUGGACACGGACUUGGAACGCGUAGCCUUCCUCGUUUUACUUUUCGACAAAUUGAAAAGUGUUGUCAUAGAAAAUGGGUAAAAAAGGAAAAGCGCGUCAGGAUAAGUUUUAUCACUUGGCCAAAGAGACAGGCUAUCGGUCUCGUGCGGCUUUCAAGUUAUUGCAGUUAAACAGAAAAUUUGAGUUUCUGGAGAAAAGCCGAGUAGUUAUCGACUUGUGUGCUGCACCAGGAUCAUGGAUGCAAGUAGCAAAACAGCACAUGCCUGUUUCGAGUUUGAUCAUUGGUAUUGAUCUUUUCCCCAUGAAACCAAUCCAAGGCUGUCUCACACUACAAGAAGACAUCACAACAGAAAAAUGUUAUCAAAGUUUAAAGAAAGAAUUGACAACUUGGAAAGCAGAUGUUGUCUUGCACGAUGGUGCUCCAAAUGUUGGUCAAAACUGGAUUUAUGAUGCCUUCAUUCAGAAUCAAUUGGUGUUAAGUGCCCUGAAGUUGGCAACUGAAUUUUUGGUCAAGGGAGGAUGGUUUGUCACAAAAAUUUUCAGAUCCAAAGACUACAACUCUUUGAUGUGGGUGUUGAGACAGCUCUUCAAGCGCGUCCAUUCCACUAAACCUCACGCAUCUCGAAUGGAGUCUGCCGAAAUUUUCGUGAUCUGCCAAGGUUAUCGAGCACCAGACAAACUUGAUCCCAAGUUUUUAGAUCCGAAACAUGUUUUCCAAGAAGUUGAAAAUAUCUCAAACACUGUUAUGGGUUUGCAAGCCCACGAAAAAUCGAAACCAAAAGCUGGGGGCUACGAAGAAGGAAUUACAUCGUUGCACAAGUCGGCACAGAUUUCUGAUUUUGUUCACAAGGAGAACUUUGUCGAUAUCCUUAACAAUGCAACAGUUCUCAACAUGAAUGAUCCAGAAAUUGCAAACCAUCCACUCACCACCAUCGAAAUAAAAGAGUGUUGCAAAGAUAUAAAAGUUUUAGGUCGUAAAGAUUUAAAAGCUCUUCUUGGAUGGAGGAAAGCCAUUCAAAAGAGCUUGGAUGACAAAGCCGAACAGCUCAAGUUAGAAGAGAACGCAUCGAUUGAAAAACCGGUUCCCAUGGAGGAGGAUGCUUGCUCUGAUGACGAGGAAGAUUUGUCUCAAGUUGAACGACAAAUUAAAGAAUUAGAGGAUGCUAAAGUUCAAGAUGCCAAGCGCAAGAAGAAGAAGCUGAUGAAUGAACGUCGCAAACUGCAGGAGAAGAUGAGACUGAAGAUGGUUAUCCCUGGUGAUGGCGGUCCUAGUGUAUUGGAAGCCAAGCCGCUCUUCGCGCUUGACCAGAUUAAAACAGACCAGGAGUUGAACCAAAUCGCUGAUCAAGAAGCAGACGAAUUGGCCGAAGAACCUCGUGAAAAGCCGGCUCCUUUCCCUAAAAAAGCUAAAUAUGACAAGGAAACUUUCCAGUUGGAUUCCAAAGGACGGUACCGGAGAGAAGAGGAUAGUGAUGAAGAGCUUAUAUUUGACUCCGACGAUGAAUACGAGAGUGAUGUUCCCCAAGAUUCGCUUGGGCUCGACAACGCUACUGACGAGAGUGACGGUGAGAGCAAAAAGCAGCCCAAAAAAGUCCGUUUCACGGAAGCAAUCAAGGCAGCAACCAAAGCCGUUGCAGUCGACGAAAGGAAACAUCCUUUGCUAACAGAUUUGGAAGAUGACGAUUCUGCUCUGAAGAAGAAGAAGAAAGCAGACAAGUGGUUCAUGAAGAGCGCUUUUCAAGACAUUGAUGACGAGGAAGACGAAGAUAUUGAACUUGACUCGAUGGUUCGCGAGCAUCCACUUCAACGUCGAGGGGCUGUCACCACCGAAGAUUUCACUGACGACGAGGCCGACGAAGACAGUGAUGAAGAAGUCCACGUUAGCGACAAAGCUGGAAAAAAACCUCCGCCAAACAAGUUUGACUCCGACCAAGAUUCUGAUAACGACUCUUCAGACGACGACGACUCUGAUGACAGCGAUGAAAGCAAUUUAGCUAAUGGCGAGGAUUUGGACGAAGGUCUACCUGCCGCCGGGGGUCAAGUGCGAGGCAAGAAGAGGAGCUUGACAGCCGAAGCCCUGGCUCUUGGAUCUAUGAUUAUCCAGUCGCGGAAAGCCAGGCGGGACAUUUCAGAUGAUGGAUGGAACCGGUACGCUUUCAACGAUGAGAACCUACCUGAUUGGUUUGAAGCAGAUGAAAGACGCCACAGCCACAAAGAGUUACCUAUAACGAAGGAAGUUGUUCAGCAGUACAAAGAUAAAAUGAAGGAGAUCAACGUCCGACCCAUCAAGAAGGUGGUUGAAGCUAAAGCCAGGAAGAAGCGUCGUACCAUGCGUCGUAUGGAGAAAGCCAGGAAGAAGGCCGAUACCAUAUCAGAAACUAUGGGCAUGAGUGACUACGACAAAGCGCAACAGAUCCGGCACAUCCACAAAAAGGCCAAACAGGAGAAGAAGAAAGAAGUGACGUAUGUCGUAGCUAAGAAACACCAGGCUGGCAAGAAAGCUCACCGACCCGCUGGCGUCAAGGGCCAAUUUAAAGUGGUCGAUCGCCGCAUGAAAAAAGACGACAAGAAGCGCAAAGCGACGGAAAGGAGAAAAGGCAAGAAGGCAAGGACCCCCAAGAAGUAAGACGACGCUCGUGGCACCGACAGAAGACAAUAAUAAUAACGGGAGGCUGGAAAAUAUCGUCAUGCGUGACAUUAUGCUUGCUGUGUAUUCUCUUCUCGUGUUCCGAACUAAUUACACCAACUCGUUAAGACUUCUC